UCGCAGCAGUUUUUCUCUACCUCCUCUGAUAGAGAAGAGCAACUGCUCUUACACAAUAAGAAUCCUCCUACGCAACAACAAAUAAUACCUUAAAAUCCUCAAAAACACAAACCCAAAAAUGGCUCGUCAACUUGUUGUUCUUGCCCUUGUUUUUGUCGCCCUAAGUGGCAUUGCCAUGGCUGAAGAGUCCCCAUCUGCAUCUCCAGAAUCAUCUACCUCACCAACAUCAUCUCCAAAAUCAUCUCCUUCACCAACAUCAUCUCCAAAAUCAUCUCCUUCACCAAAAUCUUCUUCAUCAUCAUCAUCAUCACCAUCACCAUCUUCAUCAGCACCAGAAUCAUCUUCUUCUUCAUCAGCACCAGAAUCAUCUUCUUCUUCUUCAUCAGCACCAGAAUCAUCUUCCUCAUCAACACCAGAAUCAUCUCCAUCAUCAGCACCAUCUUCUUCACCAAAAUCAUCUUCAUCACCAGCAUCAUCUCCAUCUUCAUCACCAAAAUCAUCUCCUGCCCCAUCAACCGCCUCUCCGCUCUCAUCUCCUCCUUCACCUUCUCCAUCCUCCGAUGAGACCGAAGUCGCAACCCCACCAGCUCCAGGCAGCAACCCCAUUGAGCUCUAUGCACCUGAACCCGAACCCUUUGACGCCUACUCGCCUGAGGCCGACCCCGCCGACAUUGCCAAUGGUGCCGCCGCACGUCAAAUCUCUGCCGCCGUCCUUGCCGCCGUUGCUGCUGCUGGCUUCUUUGCCUUCUAAGCUACUUUCCUAGUUGGGUUUGCACUUUAUAACUUGUGGGGUAUCCAACAAUGGGCAUGGUUCUAUAUCUUCAUUCAUUAGCUUAUGUUCAAUCAUUGGAAUAGUGCAGAUGGUUGGUACUCAAGAACAUCAAAGUUUUAUUUACGCCUUCAAUGACAUUUCUAUGAGCCAUUUUUUUUAAUAUCAA